GUUUAGCUCACUCGCAGCAAGCUAGUCUGCGGAGAGACUUGUUAGCUGACGCAGCAGCAGAUAGCGGUGGGGGUAUAGUUAGCGGUUAGUAGGAACUGGGUGUGAGUCUAAGCCUUUAGUGAUUAUUAUUUACAAUGAAGAAAUUAAAAAGGUCCACAUCCUGACGUCCGCAGUGUGCUCAAUGACUGACUGAAGCGGCGUUGGUGACUGACAUGGACGUUAGUGACAAUAAGGAUGUGAAGCUUUCAGCCGAAGUGGAACCGUUUAUCCCACAGAAGAAAGGUCUCGAAGGAUCCCUAGUCAGCAUGAGUCUUUCUGGAGAAGCAGGUGGAGGAGGAGGAGGAGGCGGUGGAGGUAUAGGGGGAGGCGGUGGAGGUGGAGGGGUGGAAACUACUCCUAUUCCCAGCUACCUUAUCACCUGCUACCCUUUUGUCCAGGAGAACCAACCUAACAGGCAACAUCCUAUGUAUAAUGGAGGGGAGCUGCGCUGGCAGCAGCCUAACCCCAGCCCUGGUGGUUCAUACCUGGCCUACCCAAUCUUGUCUUCACCCCAACCUCCUGUCUCCAAUGACUACGCGUAUUACCAGAUUAUGCCUGCUCCAUGCCCACCUGUGAUGGGCUUCUACCAGCCCUUCCCUGGCACCUAUGCAGGUCCAGUGCAAGCUGGAGUGGUCAACCCUGUCUCAGCAGAUGUCACUGAAAGGCCGCUGCCUCUGGGUCCAGCAUAUGGAAUGGCCAGUCAGCGGGGGAGAGGCAUGAUCCGACCUAAUGGUAUCCCAAAGCAACAGUUGGGUGUGUGCCAGCCUCCAAGGGGUCGCCGGCCUCCAACCCGAAGUGUAGCUGUGCAAAAGGAGGUGUGCACCUUGGGACCUGAUGGGAGGACCAAGACAGUUAUGCUUGUGGAUGCAGCACAGCAGACCGAUUUCCCAGGUGAGGUGUCGGGGCGGAGUGCUGCUGAGCGGGCAAGUCCCUUGCUUUGGAAGAACCGAACAAAGAGAAGAAGGGCGUCCCAUCCGGGUGAAAUCUACAAUGAGCAGGGUGCCAGUGAGGCAGAUAUAGACAGUGACAGUGGCUACUGUAGCCCCAAACACAACCAGGCAACAGGGGUAACACAACGGACAGCAGAGAAUACAGCAGCACCCACUGGAGUAGAGGCUGGUGUAAUGACAGCAGGUACCUGGGUAAAUGUAGCCUCUCAGGCUACCUUAAAGUCCUGGGGGGACAGGAACAGCCAGUUUCACAGAGCAGACCAGAGGAAGAAUCCUGAACAGAGAAACUUCUCACAGGAUUUCCACAGUGGCUAUACAGGGCGUUUGCCGCCCAACCAGUCAGAACAAAGACUACAGCCAACAGUGACCGCUGGCACUGAGCUCACCCCAGAGCCCCUCUACUUUGAGGAUGAAGAUGAGUUCCCAGAUCUAGCUACUGGAGGGACUGUCCAACGCAGCACCAAACCAGAAUCUGCUGCAGCCCAGACACACACUCAACCUAAAAUGCCGAAAAACCUGCUGGAUAACCUACCAGAAAACUCCCCUAUCAAUAUUGUGCAGACUCCUAUCCCCAUUACCACCUCUGUUCCCAAGAGGGCCAAGAGCCAGAGGAAGAAGGCGCUGGCAGCUGCCUUGGCCACAGCACAGGAGUACUCUGAAAUCAGCAUGGAACAAAAGAAAUUGCAGGAGGCAUUCACCAAAGCAGCAGGGAAGAAGAGUAAAACCUCUGUCGAGCUGGACCUGGGAGACAUGCUGGCAGCUUUGGAGAAACAUCAGCAGGCUAUGAAGGCCAGACAACUCAACAAUACUAAGCCACUGUCCUUUACAGUUGGAACAACUACUCCAUUCCACGGUUCAAGCUCGACCAGCGUGCCGUCCAUGUUAAAGGGUCAUCAGCAGCCAUACUCAGCCCCACAUAAUACCCUGGAUUCCACUGCACCACGUAUCAAGAGAGGGAAGGAGAGAGAGAUCCCCAAAGUGAAACGGCCAACAGCCCUCAAGAAGAUUAUCUUGAAGGAACGGGAAGGGAAGAAAGGGAAGUCAAGUGUAGAACAAGAGUCUUCAGGCCAGGAGGAGCAUGGUGAGGAGUGUCUACAUUUUACUGAUGAUCUUCCUCGAGAGCCUGCCUCCCAAGAAGACAAUGGUCUGAGUAUGCCCAGUGAUGCGUCCCUUUCCCCAGCCAGUCAGAACUCUCCCUACAGCAUCACACCGGUAUCCCAGGGUUCUCCUGCCAGCUCUGGCAUUGGGAGCCCCAUGGCUUCAAACGCCAUCACCAAGAUCCACAGCCGACGUUUCAGAGAGUACUGUAACCAAGUGCUGAGUAAGGAGAUCGAUGAGAGCGUGACACUGCUAUUACAGGAACUGGUGCGUUUCCAGGAGCGGGUCUACCAGAAGGAUCCUACCAAGGCCAAAUCCAAACGCCGCCUGGUCAUGGGUCUCCGAGAGGUCACCAAGCACAUGAAGUUGCAUAAGAUUAAGUGUGUUAUCAUCUCUCCCAACUGUGAGAAGAUCCAGGCCAAAGGUGGUUUGGAUGAAGCUUUGUACAAUGUAAUUGCCAUGGCUAGGGAGCAGGAGAUCCCUUUUGUGUUUGCUUUGGGCAGAAAAGCUCUUGGACGCUGCGUCAACAAACUAGUGCCUGUUAGUGUGGUUGGCAUUUUCAACUUUUCUGGAGCUGAGGCUCUCUUCAACCGUUUAGUGUCUCUGACAGAAGAGGCUAGGAAGGCCUACAAGGACAUGGUGUCGGCUCUGGAGCAGGAGCAGGCUGAGGAAGCUCUGAAAAAUGACAAGAAAGUCCCGCACCACAUGGGACAUUCCCGCAACCACUCUGCUGCUUCUGCUAUCUCUUUUUGCUCCAUCUUCUCCGAGCCCAUCUCAGAGGUCAACGAGAAGGAGUAUGAGACCAACUGGAGGAGUAUGGUGGAGACUUCAGAUGCCCUGGAGGCUGUAGAAGCUGAGCCGAGUCGCCCUGCACCUUCCACAGCUGCCCAGAGAGCCAAUGAGCCCCUGACAGCCACCCCCGGUGCUGCCCCUCCUGUCUCCACAGCUCCCCAACCCAGGGCAGGGCCUCUGACACAGGGUACAGGUGAGAGAGACGAGGUCCGGGUUGACGACCGGCUGGAACUGGCCUCUCAGCAGAGCACAGAGACGGGCUCGUUGGAUGGGAGCUGCAGGGGCCCGUUGAACUCCUCCAUCACCUCCACCACUUCCACCCUCGUCCCCGGGAUGUUGGAAGAGGCAGAGGAGGAAGACGAAGAGGAGGAGGACUACACUCCUGAACCUAUUUCUGUGGAGGUGCCCACCCUCAGCAGCCGCAUCGAAUCCUGGGUGUCAAAGACCCUGGAAAACCUGCAGCUGGGAAAGAGCCAGGAAAGUACGGAAGAGGAGGAGGAGGAGGAAGACGAUGAAGAGGAGAGAGGGCAGAGUGAGGACGAGGAGGACCUCGAUUUAGCUGACAUCACAGAGACAACGAUGGAGGGCAAAGAGCAAGUGGAGGCUAAGAAGGUCACCGGUUGAUGCCACCUCUCUUGUUCUUACAUAUACUCCUUCCCUCUGUCCUCUGUUAAACUCACACAUCCCCCUUCACAGCAGCCAGCAGCUUUUCUCCUCUGUCUCUAACCCCUUACACCAGACAUAGUCUCAGGUAUCCAACCAACUGACCAACACAUUACAGAGACCAACUUAUAAAAACACAGGGUCGCAGACCAAAUGACAACUAAUAAAGUUUGAGGGAUAAUAAUUGACACCAAUACUUUCAUCAUCUUGUCAUUUAAAAGGAUACCCUCACUCGUUCUGCCCAUAACCUGCUACACUUGAAUUCAGAGGGAAUUUUUAGAUUUUCCUCCUCCGAAGCUGAACUCUUUCAGAGUCAGGGAUGUUUCUGGGAGCAAGUGAUGAGCGAUUUAAAAAAAAAAAAAAACAAAACAAAAAAACAAACAAAAAGAAAAUGUUGAACUGCUGUCUGUAGCUUACAGAGAAGGAAGGUUGUAACCUUUCAGCUCCCGUCUUACUUUAUACAGAGCUGAGAUGAAGCUCUACAAGUAUUUGUGUGCUUGUGUGUUUUAUAGGCACAUAGUUUGCAUUUAUUUUGCUGUGUUCAUUAGCUUUAUCUUUGUAAAUAAUGUGCGUGUGCGUGUGUGUGUGUGUGUGUGUGUGUGUGUGUUUUUGUUUUUCACCUGACUGCUCCAUGAGGGAAGGAGAGACGUGCAUUUCUUAAUUACUGUUUCUUUGAUAAUUAGCUUUCCUCUCAAAAUAUUAGUGUCAGGGGUUCUGUCUUUCUACCAAAACCACUCCCGCCCAUCAGUCUUCAGAGAGUGUUUUUUAAUGUUCAGAUGAUAAGUGGCCCAUUCUGUAUUCAGAUGAUUCAAACGACUUAACUUCUAAGAAGCAAAACAAGCUUUGUUGUAUAUAACCUUGUCUAUGUGGUUCUACUACAGUAUAUAAUGGUUUGUCAUAUUGAUCUUGCCUAGUGUGAAACUAUUUGGGGUUGUUUUCCUCUGACUGGAAUUGUCUUGAGUUCCCAGAUGAUGUCUGUGCUUCAUAAAAAAACAAAGUGCACCUGUUUUGUUCUCUCUGGUGGUUUUUGUUCUCUGAUGGGGGCUCUCAAGCUGUCUCUUACUUGGUAAUGACCUAUCACCAUUUUAGAAGCCUGUUAAUGAAAUGUAUCAUUAACACUUAAGAUACUUUUAAGUCCAUCCGGAAAGAUAUUUUGCAAGUGUCAGAAAUAAACUUGGUAGUAAAGUGCUUAACACCUGUGUAAAUAGUUUACAAUAUAAUGAAAUAAUCGGGGGACUGGAAAGGUGCACUAAGUCCUUGUUUUUACCAGUGUAGACUAUUUCUUAUUUCCCGCCACCUAAAUCUACCAAACCAAUAGGACAAGCAGGUGUUUACUGGUAUUCAUGAAGUUUGACAAUACCCAAGUUGAAAAAAGAACACACAUGGUUGCUUAUAUUGUUGAUUUUCAUUAUUAUUGUGUCAUGCGUAAAUAAUUUGCCCAGCCCAAACAGGCUUACAAGACAGAAGAAACCAGAGUAGCAACAUAAACAUAAAUAUUAAAAUAAAUAAAAAGAAAUGAAUCCUUUUAAAGCGAUUGUGGUUGUUAUGGACAGAUUUUGUGAGCGCCCAGCUAUAUCAGCUAAUCUAAAGUCAGUUCACCACAGCUGAGAAGUACUCUCAUUGGGGCAGAGUCACCACUGGGAGGUCAAACAAGUCUUCACAAAAUCAUGCACAUACUAAUGAUAAACCCUUGUAAAUACAAGUGUACAAAAGAGCUUUUGAUUUUGCAUUGUAUUUAAAAAAUACAAUCAUCCUGUUCUUAAAUUCAUUUGAUAGUUUUAACAUUUUAACAGUUGGAAUCCAAUUUGAUAAUGGUAUUUGAUAGUGAAUCAUAGUGAGAUUUCAGCUAUUCGAUGGUGAUGCGGUGGGCAAAUGCAGUAUGUUGGGCUGUAUGCAAUGUGAAGCCCUGAGAAGGGAGAUGACUGUGUACUGAAUAUCAUACUUGGGAUUAUGAAAGUAUUUCUGGUUUGAUAAAAGGUACGCUGUGUGUAGGCUUUUUGUUGCUAUGACUUCCAUUAAAGUGUUUGAAGUAUGUUAACUGACAAGUGUCUUUUGCACUAUGUAAAUACGUACUGGUAAAGGUCUUGUAACUAAUGUGAACAAUGUAAACACACAAAAAAUGGUUAAAUGAAGUACUUUUUCAACGUGUUCCUCGUCUUUAUAUGGAUAUUUAAGAUUGUCUUCUUUAGACUGUACAUCACUAGCAACAUUGUUAGAGGCUGUUUCUCAUUAUCCUGUUAUCACUCUUAACAUGUAUGGACUGAUGAUUAACAUCAUUAAAAUGUUUAUGUGAGUCA